AUGUGUAUGUGUAAACUACUAAUUGACUUGCUAGAAAAUGUCGUUCCUUUUGAAGAAAUAAUACUGUUUGUUGUUGUGCUGAUUCCAUUUCCCCAGUGUGAAGUAACUGUAGAAUAUAGAGUCAGAUCUGAUCAUCAUGAAGAAACUCAGCAUGGGAUAUUUAAACACAGUGACAAUGUUUUGUUCGCCUGUGCUUUCAGCCUCCCAUUUGGGCAAAUUACAUCUGAAGACAUUCGCCAGAGUUGCCUGCAUUAUACGAUGCAGAUUUGUGAAAUUAUUACCCAGAAUGCAUCAACUCCUUUGGGCGCACUACUUUUGACAAUCGAAAAGGCGAUUAUGAAACAUGCUUUAGGUAGAUGUAGUGCAUUUACUUGGCGUCUUUUUCAAGUCCGAUUUGGUCUGCUCUUGUCUUGCAAAAAAUUAUGCGAUAGCACCAUUUCUGGAUUUAAAACACAAUUUUAUCAGUCCCACAAAUUGUGGUUUGAGCUUCAAGUUGCACAUGAUGUAAGUGAAGUUAGCAGUGUGCUAUGUGUUCGUAACGCGGUUCGGCGUAUGUGUGGUGUCGGUCCUUGUUUACAUAUGUGGAUUUGCUUCAGUGGAUAUGGACUUGGUGACGUGCAAUAUCAAUGUAAGGAAAAAAAUGGGCAGAAUAACUGGUUUGCUUGGUCGUUUUUCCUUGUGUUGCAAUUACAGGCUGAAGGAAAUCACUUUGAAGUUGCAUCCGUGACUGGUCAACAAUUUAGUUGUAUUGUGCCAAAGUUUGCCGAUUGGUGGACUUAUGAGCUAUGUAUGGGAAAGGAGGUGCUUCAGCAUCACAAAGACAAGGAUUGCAUUGUGUCAUCAACAAAACCGCGGAAUGCAUGUCGGUGUUUGAGACUCGAGAAUUGCAGUAUUUGGAUUGUUCACAAUCGGUGUAUUAAUUUUGUCAAAACAGUUGGAAACAAUUUUGAUUUAAUAAAUAACACUUUGCCCGAUAUGACAUUUCUGCAGCUGACGUCCGUUGCAGCAAAUUUUGCAGAACGGGGUUGUGGUUCGGUGUCAUCUUUUGUCUAA